GUUGAUUCUAGUUGUAAUUGUUUCAUUGUGUUGAUCGAAAAUCAUUUCAAAACUGAUUAAUAGAAAUGAAAAAAAUUUUGUUCCAAUUCUUCGUAUCAGCCUUUACCAUAGAUAUUUGUUGCGCAGGCCGUGUCCAACCAUCGGUGAAUAAAGGUGUAAUAAUAAACGAAUCAUUUGAGAGCACAACAAUCCCCACCAGCCCAACAACAAGAACCACAUGGCCAGCCACCACGACAAGACCAAAGGAAUGCCCUUUUUUCGAAGACAAUCCUUAUGGUGUUCUCUGUUUUUACUGGGGUGGCCAGUGUUAUUGCUACGCAAAAACGAGUUCCACGGACUGGAAUGGAGCCAAAGAAUUUUGUAGGGCCGGCAAUAUGACUUUGCUCGCUGUUGAAACUGAAGAAGAGGACUAUACCAUCUUCGUUAAUGGAAAAUACAACCCAGGAUUGUACUAUGCUGAAUAUUGGACUGCGGGAAGAUACUCCCAGGAAGAGAAUAAUCAGUGGGAGUGGGCCUCAACCCAACCCUUCAUACCAAUGAACUACACUCAUUGGUACGAGGGAGGACCUAUAAGCAGCGAACCUGGAAACUGCGUGAGUUUUCAUUUCUCUUACACUGACUUUUACCAGUGGGGCUGGGGUGAUUAUCAGUGUAGCAAUUAUGCUGGAGCAAUCUGCGAAUCAGUUUCAGUGUUUUAAAUAUUAAUAAUGUAGUCAG